AUGAAAAUGAAAAAAGAUUUAUGUUACACGCUCCCAUCAGCUCUCAAAAGAUUUUUUGAUUGAUUCACUGAUCGAUUCUGUUUCCCCUCUUCACACAAACCCUGGAUCCUUGCUUUCCUGUUUGGUUGAAUUGUUUAAUUUUUAUUACAAUGGGUGUUUCAUCAGAUUUGAUUUGUGCUGUGAGAAACAGUGGGUUUCAUCAGAUUUUGGUUUCUAGGGUAAAGCCAGCUCUCAAAUUUCGAUCCGAAGUCUUCAAUUUUGUAGGUUCUCCAAUUUACUAUCAAUUAGAUCGUGGGUUUUCUGGAUAAUUUCUAUUUAAUCGUUGCGGAGGAAAUCAAAUUUUGGUUUUAGGUUUUUUUACAAAAGCAUUAUAUUUUUUUCGGAAUUAUAAAAGAUUGGGUAUUCAGACGAGGAGAAAUUUAGGGGGCAGAGUUUAAUCACGAAGACGAUGCAGAGGAAAGGAAGAACAAGGAAAAUCAAUUCGGAGCAAGAAAUAGAUAUGGGGGGCUUGCUUUGGAUGCGAAUUCGUUGCAGGGAGAUCAAUUUGAAGUAACUAAUCGUAAAAACAAUACCACCAGUUGAAAGACACAAAAUGUCUGUUUAGUUAGAGUUGUGGUUCUGCUUAGAAUUAUUGGAGCUGAGAUGCAUCUUUGCUCUUCCUUAAAGAAAAUAUUUGACAAUGUAUGUGUAUUGCAAAUCGUGGCUCAAAGUCCAGUAGACUAAGGGUUUGGGUAUUCGCAUGGUGUCACCUUGGGGUAGGGGUUGUGUUGCCUGCAUUGUACAAACAAUGAUUUCUGUAUGGUCUUUGAAGCGAAAUUUGAAGGAAUCGGGAGCAGUUUUGAGAUCGAGGGAUACGGAUAAAGCUUAAGAAAGGGAUGAUGAUGGUUGUGCUGAUUGUUUUGGUUGACUAAAACUCAUGCGAAGGGGUUGCUGUUGGUGCUGGAUGGCAAAGUGUCAUAGCUUAUGUGAACCUAGCCUGCUAUUACUUGGUCAAAAUUCCUUUUGAAAUGAUCCUCGGUUACCUUAUCGAUUUUCAAGUUACAGUAAUUUAUUUACUAAAAGUUUGUCUAUACUAAACCAUAAAGCAAUCCUGAGUGAUAUAGCCAGCAAGUACUCUGAUGGUAAACGACGGCUGUGUGAGGUCUGUCUUAUUAAAUACUUACAUCAUUGAUAAACUUGAUAGUUCCACUAAGUUUAAGAUGUUGAGAGUUAGAUUUUCGGGUCAGCAGGAACCUACAGUUUGGCGUUUAAAUUUCUGGCAUGAACCUGUUUCAAUCAUUUUUCAUUGGCAAUGGGGUAAGCUUUUUGGUUCAGACCACUGAAAGUUCUCCAUGGUUACAUCAAGUUGGGUUUGUGUUUUCAUUCUUUAGGUAGGGUUUAUCUCACUGUUUAAUUCAAUCUUUUGAGCAAACAGGCUAAAGUGUGUUUUCAGCUUACAUUAGGAAAGUGAUAUGAUGUUUGCUGUCUUAGCUCAAACGGCAGAGCACAUGGGUUUCACCCAUGUUUGUUCUGGGUUCAACUCCCACAGAUGGCUUGGUUAAACACUUUCCUUAUCAGGAAAUCAAAAACAGUUUAAACUCUAGAUUUCCUAGCUUAAUAGGCUUUCCUAAUCCUAACAGUUUACCCAUAUAAUUCCUCUAUAUAUACAUCUUGGAACUUCAUGAAAACUAUGUGAAUAUCAAUUCAGAGUAUCUGGAUUAGUAAAAGUUUACAUACAUUAUUGAUUUUAUUUGAAACACCAUGAGGUUAGAUUUUGAUUAUCUAGAAUUGGAUUCUAGAAUGUUUUAAUUGAUCAGUACAUUUAAUGAAUAGAUUUGUGUAUCAGUUCUUCAAAGAGGCAAAAGACAACAUCAUCAUAAGCUGGCGACGAUGGACAACAAUCCAUUAAUGCUAGGUCUGUUGCUGCGAGGUUAAGGUGGGAGAAGAACAGGCAGAGUAAAAGUGAAAAACAGGAACAGGUGGAGCGUGAAGCAAGGUUGAAGUUUGAACAACAACUUGAAAUUGCACGACAGGCUAGAGCGCAGGAGGAUAUUAGGCGGGAAAGAGAACAACAGGAAUACAAUGAGCGUGUUUUAAAAGAACAGUUAGCACGACAGCAGUUGAAUGUAAUGCCUGGAAAUCAGUUCAUAGAUGAAAGGAAAAAGGGAAUGACAUAAACAUAAUCACUAUGAGAUGCUUAUUGAUUUUCCAUUGGUUGUUGGUUCGUGUACAUUUUUCUCGCUCUUUGUGGUCCAUAAAAGUAAUGUUCGUAAGAUACAGCUUCGGAGAGUGGAGGGUAAGUGCCAGCGUCAUUUCAACGAGAAUGAACAACGACGUGAAAAAAAUCGUAAAGAAUUAUUAAAUAUUUGCAGUAAAGGAUCUGGGCAAGAAAUAUAACAACAGGAGUGUGAGCAUAUCAAUAGUUCAUUACAUGCUCAGGGAUUGGCUGUAUGUGGGGGAGAAGUUAAUUUGGGAGGGGAGGCUCGGGGUGGAGGACAAUUAAUGCAUCAGCAAACGCAGAGCGAUGAUAAUGUACUAGACAAUAAAGAAUAUAGACAGCGUGUACUGGAGGAGAGGCAGAGACAAAAUCAGGUAUUUAGUGAACAACCUUGCACACAAUAUAUACUCGGUGGAUCAAAGGCUAGGAAAUAUAAGACAUAUAAUGAAAAGAGAAAGGCCGACCGAGCAUCCAAAAAGGAACAAGUGCAGAAAGUUAAAAGCACUAAACAAGUAUCCUCGACACGAUCUGCAGCCCAAAAGGCACGGAGAGAGAAGGAGUUGGCAGAGAAAGAGAAGGAGGCAGCAGAUAUGAGGAGAAUGGCCGAUGCUGACACAGUUCGAAAAUUGAAUUUGGUUCCCAAGCCAAGCGUGCGUGUGCAGCCAGAAACAAAGAAGCAUACUAGGAUGAGAAAAGUUGUGGAGGAUCCAUUCGGUGGUCAAUAUGAGGGUGAUGAACCGUCAUAUCGUGUACGGUAUAUGGGUAGUGAUGCUGCGUGUGGGGAUCAGGUGGGUAUGGAAGAUGAAGUUGUGAAUAUGCACGUGGAUUCAAAAAGAACUCUCAUGAAAACGACGAUGAUAUGUCUAUUCCGCCUCCGGAUACGUCGUCCGACGAUUACAGUGACUACUAUGCAUCAGAGGAUAAUGAACUUCUGAAUGGGACUCCGGUGUUAUCUGCCUCUGUUAGAAAAACUACAAAAAGACGCACAAGGUUGGAUGAGUUCGGCCUGCAUUAUCUUGGGAAGAUGGAUAUUCAGUGCAAGUGUUGUGGGGCUUUUCACUGGAUCGACGAGCGAAAGAGCGAUUCUUCUUUGAUAAAUCCUGUUUUCAUGAGAUGCUGCCGUAAUGGACAAGUUAGAUUGCCGGAUCUUCGUGAGCCUCAUGAACCUCUUAGGAAAUUGUUCGAAGGGGAUGACAGUAGUUCGAAGUUGUUUAGGAAAAAUAUAAGGAAAUAUAAUUCAGCAAACGCCUUUACGAGUCUUGUAUGCCAGUAUGACAAUAGAGCUAAAAAGGGAGGUGGUCCUGAAAUUUUUUCAAUACAUGGAGAGCUACGUAGGGGUGUAAAUAUUACCC